AAUUCAAAGGUUAAGGUUUGAAAGGUCUUUAUUCUUCUUCCUUCUCUUCUUCACUUACGUUACGUCCUUAACGCGCUCUCACACUCCUGUCUUUAUCUUUUCGGGUGGGUUUCAUUCGUAAAACAGCAAGGACUACGGAACAACACAAGACAUGACAAAACAGUACCGCAUAGAUAUAUGGCGAUAAUAAUUUUAUAUUCGAAAAUAAAAUGAAUAUUUUCAUAUUUUUUAUAGUUGUACUGUGAACAAAAAAUGUACCGUAGUUAGUGAGGAACAAAAGUUGUCUAGUAAAAUCCAUGUUUUUUAGCUGAUCAAACGCGCUAUCUAUCUAUCUCUCUCUCAUGUUAUCUUCCUCAACCACUUCUCACUGUUCCCAUUCCUUACAAUUCAUAUUCAUUUUCCACUUUUUUCUUCUCUUUUCCACUUUUUUUCUCAUAUCUUUCAUCUCUUUUCAACUUUACCCUUUUCUCUUUUUCCCACUAAACAUUCAUCAAAUAUAUAAUUCAUUUCAAUCACUUCAAUUUAUCACCUUGAUGAUCACAAAAUGAAGUGUUUCUUCUUCAAAGAAAAAUCCAAAUCCGCCCCAGAAUUGCAGAACAAGAAGAAGAACAAGAAUCCUGCUUUCAACCGUGCAACAAACUCAACUGGCUCUAUAUCUUCUCCCAGAAGUGUGAAGGAUUUGUACAGAGAAAAAGAACAUAGUUUUAGAGUUUUCACUCUUCAUGAACUUAGAGAUGCUACCAAUGGUUUCAAUAGGAUGCUCAAGAUUGGUGAAGGAGGUUUUGGAAGUGUUUAUAAAGGAUCAAUUUUGCCACCAAAUGGACAAGGUGAUCCAAUUAUAGUUGCUAUCAAAAGGCUUAACACUCGUGGAUUUCAGGGUCAUAAAGAAUGGCUUGCAGAAGUUCAAUUUCUCAGCAUUGUUAAUCACCCAAAUUUGGUUAAGCUUUUGGGAUAUUGCUCUGUAGACGGAGAAAGAGGAAUCCAACGGCUAUUGGUGUAUGAGUUCAUGCCAAACAGAAGCUUGGAAAAUCACCUUUUUAGUAAAACUUUACCAACCCUUCCAUGGAAAACAAGAUUGGAAAUCAUGCUUGGUGCUGCUGAAGGAUUAGCUUAUCUACAUGAGGGAUUGGAGAUACAGGUGAUCUACCGAGAUUUCAAAUCUUCAAAUGUCCUAUUGGAUGAGGAUUUCCACCCGAAGCUCUCAGAUUUUGGUCUUGCAAGGGAAGGGCCACAAGGGGAUCAGACUCAUGUAUCUACUGCGGUAGUUGGGACACAAGGAUAUGCCGCGCCGGAGUAUAUUGAAACAGGUCAUCUCAAAGUCCAGAGUGACAUGUGGAGUUUUGGGGUCGUACUCUACGAAAUCCUCACAGGAAGACGAUCAUUAGAAAGAAAUCGUCCAACAGCUGAACAGAAACUACUAGAUUGGGUUAAACAGUAUCCUGCUGACAGUAACAGAUUCAGCAUAAUUAUGGACCAGCGACUUAGGAACCAAUAUCCGAUCGCUGCAGCUCGCAAAAUAGCAAAGAUAGCUGAUAGUUGCUUGAAGAAGAAUCCAGAAGAUAGACCAACUAUGAAUCAGAUAGUGGAAGGGUUGAAACAAGCAUUGGAAUAUUCAGAAAUGUCAAACACUCCUCACGAUAAUGCUGAAUCGUCUCGGUCUAAAUUGGUUCAGAGAAGUAAAUAGAACUUAGAAUUCUUUUUUUUAUAUAAAUUUUUAGGACCAGGGAACAUAUAUCAGUUAAUGAUGAGUUGAAUUAGAAGCAUUCUGGUCAAUCUUUGAAGUCAGAGUGGGGGUUUGGAUGAUUUUUCUUUUCUGUGGUUUGAAGUUUCUUGUUAGUUUGGUCCAUUGUUGUUUCUUAUACUUUGUCAACCAUUAGAGCUUAAUGUUAUAUUUAUACAAAUAGUCAUUACUUGGAAUUGGAAGUGCACAAGGUCAAUUCAA